GUGCUGGUCGACGGCAAGGGGGAGCCCUGCUACUGCCUGGCGGAGGUGGCCCCCGCCGACGGCCGCCUCGCCGCGGCCGACGCGGCGAGGCCCGCGCGGGAGGAGCCCUCCGCGGGCGACCUGGACCCGCAGCACGCCGCCGCCCUGCUCCGGACGAUGGCGGCCGCCCUGCGAGGAGACCCAAAGGGGUACAUGUCGGGCAACGAGCUCCGGAAGCUUCUCGACGAGCGGCACCCGGAGGUUGUGAAGGAGGCUAAGGCGUGCCUGAAAGGCAAGGGCUGGCUCAGGAAGAUUUUGGAGUCGGAUGGGCGGAUCUACACAGUCGAGGUCCAGACGGUUGGCGAGCCUUGCUACACGCUCAACGCCAAUUUCUCCGGUGGGACCCUGCUGAGCCCCAGCUCCGCGGCCGUCUGCCAGCCGAGAACCGGCGCCCCCGCCAACCUGGCCAAGCUGGACGAGAUCCAGAAGGCCACCCUCCAGGCCGCGGCCGCCUCCGCGCUCGACGUUGCGGAGGAGGGGUUCCUGCCCGGAUCCACGCUGUCGAAGCUCAUGGCGGAAGCCCACCCCGACGUCGUGUCGGCGGUGAAGUCCGCGCUGGGCGGCAAGGGGUGGCUGCGAAAGCUGUUGUGCGACCAGCCCGAGCUGGACGUCGUAGAGGUGAGCGCGCCUGGCCACGGCGAACCCUGCUACGCCAUCCGCGACAGGUGGGACAGCCGGCCUGUUCGGGAAGGUGGCCCGCCCUCGCGAGAGCAGAGGCCAGGCACGGACCUCCAACGCGAGCUGCCACCCUUUCGAAGGGAUCCCAACAUGGCGGCCAUGUCAUGGCCUCGCCUUCGAGGAGCCGGUGGGCCACGGUGAUCAUGCUGCAUCCUCGAGGGGCUCUGCCCCUGUCUUGUGAGCUGCGGUCUUUUUGGUGUGCUUGCCCGACGUGGGUUCGACGCAGAUUCGGCGUGGACCCGACUCGGACCGGACGCGGCUCAGAUGCGGAGGUGACACGGACUCUGCGCGGAUGGCGGCCUCGUGCGAAACCGUGAGGAAGUCGGCAGUUCGUGAUCCUCGUGGCCGGCGGAUGCCCCUCGCGAGACGGCAGAGGCACAGAGGGCAGCCUCGCCGCAAGAAGCUCGGCGAACGGCGGGAACCAGCGGGAGCCCGAGUUGGCCCUUCGGGAGGGUGUUGGGAGGUG